CUUUUUCAUUGGACAUUUAGAUAUCUUUUUUCCUGGUAGUUUACACGUGAAAUCGAAAGCUGUGUUUUGGCUCAUAAAUCAAAGUCUUGAAGCUAGCAUGGCUGCAGCGCCCAGAGGAAGAGGUGGAAGGGCAACAUUGCAUGAGUUACAACAAGUGGGGGUUGAUUUCCUCGAUUAUUUGAAUCUCCAGGGCAUAGCUGGAAGUGUUCCAAAGGGGUUACUGAAGGACAUCUUUAACAACCAGUACAAGCCAUAUGUUGCACAGAGAAACAGUGAAGGUGGCGGGCAACAGCUACGAGUGAGGAAUUUCAGUACUGUAUUGUUUGCUCUAAAAAUACACAGGCAUGUCCAUAAAACAAAUGGCAUGAUUGUUUUACAACCUGGCAGUGAUCAGGGCGGACGUGCCAAUAGUCGAAGCAAGAAACGGAGAAAGAAUCAGAAGAGUAGAAUUGCAGCCAGAUUUCCAGAACCUGGUGAAGACCCGAAAAGAAGCACUGCAACACCAGACAAUGAAGAGGGACCAAUGUCCAGAAGAAAGCAAGGAAAAAAGGGACGCCUUGCAGUCGACCAGUUUAUAUCUUUGUCAGCAAAAUCAAAAGAUUCACCAAAUGUUUCUGAGAAAAAGUCAGAAGACAGUCCCACAAAGCAGAACAAGUUUCACUUGUGCCAAAUUUGCAAGGUGAAUUGCUGCACCGAAUUAGAAUUGGAGAAACACUCAAAAGGGAAAAGACACAGAGUGCAGUCUCUAGUUUAUAAUCUUAGAGCCAACAGAGACCAGUACAUUUCUGACAAGUUUGACAUCACCAUCACUAGCACUGUAGAACUGAUCAAGGGAUGCUACAAAUUUGACUUGACAGAGAAAGUGACAACUGAGAUCAAUUUGACCAUAAAGAACAUGAGUACCAGUGAGUCGGUCAUUCUGGAACACUGUGAAAUGUUAAAACGUCUACGGGUGUUCAGUUUGAGUGACCCUGGUAGAGUGACGGAUGGCAUAGCAACUAAAACCAUCCUAGCAGGUGAUUCCUACAAUAUUACUGUGAGAGCCAAAGCCCCUUAUGUUGGGAUCUAUAGAGUUCCUGUUGCUUUCCACUUCAAAAGACCAAAUUCCCCCACAGAGAACAUACAUAUUAUCAGGUAUCUGUGUGCUUGGUGUCAAAAUGAUGACAUUUGUCAGCUCCAGCCUACAGCUCCCUUCAGACGCCCUCCCAGAGUAGCUCUAGGCAGGCAGGGGACGGAGAUCAUAGAUGGCUUGCCAGUUCCUAAAGAUGGCAGAGAAGAGCUAGAAAGGGAGAUAGAACUAGGUCCUUACCCUAUUCCUCCAGUACUCCGUAGACUGAUGAACAGAGGUCUUGAGGCAACAGGCAACAUGUCACUAGAAGAUAGGACAGAACUAGACAACCUCAUAGAAAAUCUGGAAGGCCAGUUGAACUUCCAGACUCAUAGAAGGCGUUUUGCCUCUUUACUUCAUAUGGAAGAAGCUCAGAUGGAAGUGGAUAUACGUAAAUAUGACAUGGAGGCUGAAACCAUGACGAUAUCCAAUACUAAUCCCAGAUUGCUGGUUCUGAAGGUGCCUGGACUGGCAGAGAACAGGCCAUCUAUCCUGAAAGGUGAUUGGCUGUUUGUGAGAGAAUACAAGUCAAAUGGCCAAUUAGAAGACAGGGAAUAUAAGGGCUAUGUCCAUCAGGUCAUGUUGAAUGAAGUUGCACUAGGCUUCAGUAACAAAUUAUUGGAGAAUUUCAUUCCAGGAAAGAAGUUCAGUGUAAGAUUUACUUUUGGUCGUCUGCCUCUUCGUGUCCAGCACAGGGCUGUGGCACUGGCAGAUGAACACAGCUUGGAAGAUCUCCUGUUCCCUGUGGCAGAAAGGGCUUGCAAAUGGGGAACAAUCAUACCAGUGGAUUCUGAUCUCAGAUUUUAUGACAGACAACUGGAAAGCAAUGCUGAGCAACGCCAGGCAGUGGUCCACAUCGUGGCGGGGACAUCCAGACCUGUCCCCUAUCUGAUAUUUGGACCUCCAGGAACAGGAAAAACAGUGACCUUGGUGGAAGCUUUGAAACAGGUUGUGAAAUGUAUCCCAUCAUCCCACAUUCUUGCCUGUGCGCCAUCUAACAGCGCCACUGAUCUUAUUGCUCACCGACUGCUAAAACAUCUUCCAAAGAAGCAAGUUUUAAGAAUGCAUGCUUUUUCCAGAGAUUGGAGAGACUUACCUGAUGACUUGAGGGAGUGCUCAAAUUAUGAUCCAGGAAGAAAGCAAUAUUUCUAUCCCAAGAAAAGUGAGUUGAUGAAGUAUAAAGUGGUUGUUUGCACAUUGGUAACGGCCGGAAGGAUUGCCUCAGCCAAUUUUCCACCAGGGCACUUCACGCACAUUUUCAUUGACGAGGCCGGUCAUGCCGUGGAGCCAGAAGGUUUGAUUGCGUUAGCUGGAAUUUUGGAGUGUGACGUUAAGAGCAAAGAUGGCGGUCAGGUGGUACUGGCAGGUGAUCCCAAACAACUUGGACCAAUUUUGAGGUCCCCCUUGGCCAUUAAAUAUGGACUGGGACUUUCACUCUUAGAAAGAUACAUGACCUACUGUGAUGUGUACAAGAAGAGGGGUGGUUCGAGUCCUGGCUCAGAUGAUGACGAUCAAGAUGUACUGUACAAACGUGAAGGCCAUUACAACCCAUUCCUCCUCACAAAACUCCUCAAAAACUACAGAUCACAUCCUGCUAUCCUCAAGCUUCCAAACGAACAGUUCUACGACAAUGAGCUAGAAGCCUGUGCUGACCGACUUGCCAGGGAGUCCCUCUGCAACUGGGAAGGUUUACCAAAAACGGGGUGUCCCUUUGUAUUCCAUGGAGUGGUUGGGGAGGACAUGAGGGAGGAAAGGAGUCCAUCGUUCUUCAAUCCAGAAGAAGCAACUAUUGUGUUGGGAUAUGUGGAGAAGCUACUGGAAGCCAGAGGCAUCCGCGUCUUGCAGAAUGAAAUUGGAAUUAUUUCUCCCUACAGAAAACAAGUUCAAAAACUGAGGCAACUGCUGUUCAAGAAAAACUUUCGGGACAUCAAGGUGGGCAGUGUGGAGGAAUUCCAGGGUCAGGAGAGACGGGUCAUCAUGGUGUCCACCGUGAGGAGUAACCCCAAUUACCUGGCUAUGGACGCAGAGUUCAAGCUGGGCUUUUUAAAGAACCCAAAGAGGUUUAAUGUGUCGAUCACAAGAGCAAAGGCCCUAUUGAUUGUUGUAGGGAAUCCAUUUCUUCUUUCGCAAGAUGAACACUGGAACAGUUUCCUUAAGUACUGCCUCGAGAAUCAGGCGUACACGGGGUGCGAUUACGAUGACCCUACUGAUCAGCUCGACGAUGUCGUAGAGAGGUUUGCUGCAGUGAAUAUUAAGCAGUCAGAUGUGACCAUGGAUGUCAGCCAGAUUCAGUUGCAAGAGGACCCCGAGUGGAGAGGAGAGGCCUAAUUUUAACUCUGUAUUCUCAACUGUAUUCUCAACUCAGAUUCUUCUGUGAUCAAGAGGAUAUGCAAGAUAUUUUACAAGGGGACCCUGAAUUUGAAAAUCAAAAUAUUAUGACGAAUUAGACAUGGAGGCUAGAGAAACUGACAUAAUAUAAUAUUGUUGACCACGAUAUAAAGCUGCCUCAUGUAUAUAUUAAACAAUGACAUCUACCUGUAAAUGCAGACUUAUCAAACCUUGCAAGUUCAUCUUUUUUUCUGGAGAAUGGUACAUUCAAGUGACACGACGUUUAUUAUGAAACAAUUGAGGAUAUUACUUACUGAAGCCGUAUUUGAUGGUGCUUGAAACUGUGGGCAUUUUUGUCACUUGAUUUUAGAGAGAUUUUGAUAGAUAUCAUGUAGUCAAAUUAGGUGCAACUCUGUUAAAGAACUUGUGAAUCACUUAUUGUAUGAAAAUAAUCAAAAUUGGGGUUUGAAUAAUGCUUCAAUAAUUGUCUUAAUCAUUUUGACUUGGGCCUAUUUUAUCUGUGAAUAUCAAAUUUUAAUAUUUUUAAUAACAUUUUAUCAGUAUAUUUCAGAUAUGCUUUAUGAAAAAGUUUUAAAUUGACAGGAGUAUUUUUAUAAUAAGUCAGUUUUAGAAAUCAAAUUGAUUCUAUACUAGUGAAAAUGUAAAAUUCCAGAGUAUAUUUUUAACCAAUGUUUUCUGUAAUGCAUCAUACAGUGUGACUGUGUUUGUUCUCACCCUAUGGGGAGGCAGAGCCUUCAAACUAACUCUAUUCCUUGCGCUUGCUUUACUAAAUGUUUGAAGUUGGUUUGUAGUCUAAAAUCUGAGCCUAUAAAGACUUAGCUGGCUAAGUUGCACUUCACAGUUGUAAGAAUCUUACAGAUAGCCUAGGCCAGAAAUAACUGAUAAGUUGCAAUGACUCACUGUAAAAAAGGUUGGUAGAUUGCAUGAAUCUAUUUGUGGUCUAAAUUUUGUCUUUUAUGCAUAUGUUUAAUGAAAAUAGCAUCCAAAGGUUAAGGUUGGGCUUUCACUACACCAAUCCCCUAUCCCAUUUUUUCAUUUACAAAAUGGCAAAAAUAAAAAUAGGUGCAAGAAAAGUUC